CGCCUGUAACCUGCAUGGCCGUCUGUGUGUGAUAAGUUAGUGAAUACUGAGUAGCUGACCACAGUUAGCUCUGUAUCUGCUCCAGUUUGAGUUUACAAAGUGACCGGGCAGCGGAGUGCGGCUGUGGAGCAGCGUGCUGAGCUGAGCUGAUCCUCUUCCUCCUCCUCCUCCUUCUUCUUUCCUGACUCUACUGUAAGUGUGACAGCAGAGGAGGACUGCCAUGUAGAAGCGAGGCAGAAGAAUGAACAGUCAGCACACUCCAACAGAUGGGACUGACGACUAUACAGUCCAACAGGAAAAUGAACUAGAGGCUCUCGCGUCUAUCUUUGGAGAUGAUUUCCAGGAUCUGCGGGACAAGGACCCGUGGAAGGUUAAAAGGCCUCCAGAGGUGCACCUCUGCCUGCGACCCAACGGGCUGAAUAAUGUUCAGGAGUGCUACGCCACUGUGGACUUGCAGGUCAAAUGUCCACCCACAUACCCCGACGUGCCUCCAGAGCUGGAGCUGAAAAAUGCCAAAGGUCUCUCAAAUGAAAAUCUCCAGAACCUUAACAACCAACUCACCAAGCUGGCAGAGGCGCGGUGUGGAGAGGUGAUGAUUUACGAGCUAGCAGACCAUAUCCAGGGCUUCCUGAGUGAGCACAACAAGCCGCCAUCGUGCUCUUUUCACGAGGAGAUGCUGAAGAACCAGCAAAGGCAGCAGGAGAAACGAGACCUGGAGGAGCAGCAGAGAAUGGACCAACGGCGCAAGGAGGAGGAGGAGACGGAAAAAGAAAUCAUGGCUGAAAUCCAAAGAAGAGAGGAGGAGAAACGAGAGGAAAAGAGAAAAAAGGAAAUCGCCAAACAGGAGCGACUUGAGAGUAUGGAGCAACCGAUCUGUGCUAACUCAGUAUUAGGAAAGAGCCCGCCCAGCCCGGGUGCAGUUCCACCUGAACUGACCGAAGCCAAGAAAGGAGUCGGUAACCGCCGUCGGACUACCUCAACUACACGCCACAGACGAGACACGUGUAAUGAAGACAACCAACGCCCACAAGAGCUUCUUCAUUUCAAUAGCAGCACUUUUGGUGAACUUGUUGUCCACAGAGGGAAAAGCUUAGGUGUCAGCGAGAGGCUCGGCCGCAAUGUUUAUUAUGGAUUUGAGGCAAACACAGGAGACUUUACUGUAAUCUAUGAGUGGUCGCUGCGCUGGAACAAGAAGAUUGGCAAGUUCUACACCAGCCAGGAGAAAGCAAAGAUUGAGAACUGUAAAAAGCAGAUCCAUGGUGCAGAAAGUGAGUUCAACUCCCUCUUGCGACUGGAGCACCCAAACUUGGUGCACUACAUGGCACUGAGGUCCAGUGAGAAAGAGGAUUGCAUGGUGGUUAACCUGCUGGUGGAACAUGUAGCUGGGAUCAAUUUGAACCAAAGCCUCAUCAGCCACACUCCUGUCCCUUUGGAUAAACUCUGCCAUUACACAGCACAGCUAGUGGCUGCUCUCGACUACCUUCACUCCAACUCCGUGGUCCACAAACAGCUGAGCGCCUCCAGCGUGCUGGUGGACUCUGAGGGGAACAUUCGGCUGACUGAUUAUAGCUUGUCAAAGAGAUUUGCUGAUAUCUGCAAAGAAGACAUUUUUGAGCAGGCCCAUGUACGUUUCUCAGAGGAUACGGUGAUGCCAACAAAAACGGGCAAAAAAGGGGACGUGUGGAACCUGGGGCUGAUGCUGCUGGCUCUCAGUCAGGGCAAUGAGGUCAAGGAGUAUCCAGUGACAGUACCAACCAGCCUGCCUGCUGACUUCCAGGACUUCCUCCACAAGUGUGUGUGCUUGAAUGAUGUUGAACAUUGGACAACUCAGCAGCUUUUGGACCACUCCUUCCUCAAGCCUCCAUCACCUAAAAACCAGCCACAGUACCAGGAUGCCUGCCCAGAAGAUAUUGCCGAGGACUUUGCAUCUUCGGUCAUCCCAAGAAGCCACAUCCUAAAUCCUCUGUUCAGCUCUGGAAUACAGAGGCAGUUUUCUCGCUACUUUGACGAGUUUGAGGAACUCCAGCUUCUGGGGAAAGGAGCUUUUGGUGCUGUGAUUAAGGUUCAGAACAAACUAGACGGUUGCUACUAUGCUGUGAAGCGCAUCCAGGUCAACCCAGCCAGUAAGCAGUUCAGACGGAUCAAAGGCGAGGUGACGCUGCUCUCGCGCCUCAACCAUGAGAAUAUCGUACGCUACUAUAACGCGUGGAUCGAGCGCAAUGAGAUCUCUUCAGGGGUUCUUAGCUUUACAGACAGCUCAGAGCCUCUAAGCACAGCCGACAAGCCGCCUCAGGCCAGAGAUGCUCCGCAGCGCCUAAACGAGCUGGGCCUCUCUGAUAAUGUGGAGGCCAUGGCGCCACCUCCGGCUCUGUCUAGCUCGGUGGAGUGGUCCACCUCCAUUGAGAGAUCCUCCAGCGCAAAGUGUAGCAGGCACCAAUCAAGCGAUGAUGAGGAUGAGGAUGAUGAUGAGGAUGUGUUUGGUGCCUCUUUUCUGCCAUCAGAUAGUGACCCCGAGAGUGACAUCAUCUUUGACAAUGGGGAUGAAAGCACAGAAGAGUCGCAGGUCGAGACAAGCAAAAGGCCGGUGACCGACACAACGGAGAGCACGGACUCAGAACGACCAACACUCAUAGCACAUUACUUGUACAUUCAAAUGGAAUACUGUGAAAAGAGCACUUUACGGGACACAAUAGACCAAGGACUGCAUCAGGAGCCGAAUCGAUUAUGGAGGCUCUUCAGAGAAAUCCUUGACGGCCUUGCUUACAUCCACGAGCAGGGGAUGAUUCACAGGGACUUGAAGCCUGUCAACAUCUUCCUCGACUCGCAGGACCAUGUGAAGAUUGGAGACUUUGGCCUGGCUACAGACCAUCCUGCUAAUAUGGCUGCAGGUAAAUUUGAAGCGGAGGAGACCGGCUGUGGAGCGAAUCCCAAACUGGACCCAGCAGGUAACAUGACAGGCAUGGUUGGUACUGCCCUUUACGUCAGUCCAGAAGUUCAAGGAAAUACCAAAGCCACCUACAACCAAAAAGUUGACCUGUUUAGCCUGGGAAUCAUCCUGUUUGAGAUGUCCUACCGGCCGAUGACAACUGGGUCCGAGCGCAUCACUACCCUAAGCCAGCUACGUGUGGAGCCCAUCUGCUUCCCUGAGGACUUUACUUCAAAUGAGCAAGGAAAACAGAGGAAAGUGAUUGAGUGGCUGCUGAUUCACGACCCCGCCCUGCGACCCACUGCCCAAGAGCUGCUGAAGAGUGAACUGCUGCCUCCACCCCAGAUGGAGGAGUCAGAGCUGCAUGAGGUGCUGCAGCACACGAUGGCCAAUGUGAACGGCAAGGCUUAUCGCACCAUGGUGGGCCAGCUGUUUGCUCAAAACACCACGCCGGUCAUGGAUUACACCUAUGACAUAGACAUACACAAGGGCAGCUUCAGCUUUAGCAGCGCCAAAUUGCAGCAGCAUGUGUAUGAAACAAUCACCAGAAUCUUCAAGAAGCACGGUGCGGUGCGUCUCCAGACACCGCUGCUCCUCCCCAGAAACAGGAAGUUGUAUGAAAGCAGCGAUCUGGCCUGCUUCAUGGACCACAGUGGAAUGCUGGUUACUCUGCCCUAUGACCUUCGCAUGGCGUUUGCAAGAUUUGUGGCUCGCAGUAAUAUAACACAUCUGAAGAGGUACAGCAUCGAACGUGUGUUUCGCCCAAGGAAGCUGGAUCGCUCGCACCCAAGGGAGCUUCUGGAGUGUGCCUUUGACAUCAUCACACCCGUCACCAACAGCCUGCUCCCAGAUGCCGAGACCAUUUACACCAUCUCUGAAAUAGUCCAGGAAUUCCCAGCACUUCAGGAACGGAACUAUAACAUUUACCUGAACCACACCAGCUUGUUGAAGGCCAUACUCCUCCACAGCGGAGUCCCUGAGGACAAACUGAGCCAGGCCUCCAACAUACUGUGCGACGCCAUGAGUGAAAAGCUGACCAAACGUGAGAUGGAGGCAAAGUUCUGCAACUUGUCACUGUCAACCAACAGUUUGCAGACAUUGUUCAAGUACAUAGAACAUAAGGGGGAUCUGCAGAAUGUGGCGCUGAUGCUGGAAUCACUCACCAAACAGAAGACUGCCGUCACCCAGCUGGCCAAGCAGGGCCUCAAGGAUCUGGAGGACCUGACAGGGCUGCUGCACAGACUGGGAGUGAAACUUCAGAUGGUGGUCAACUUAGGUUUAGUGUACAAGGUGCAGCACCACUCCGGGGUCAUCUUUCAGUUCGUGGCCUUCAUCAGGAAGCGAACACGAACCGUACCGGAUAUAGUGGCUGCUGGAGGACGCUACGACCACUUGAUCCUGGAGUGUCGUGUGCCAGCUUCCACAGUGCCAGUUCCCUCCGCAGUUGGGGCCAGUGUGGCCCUGGACAAAGUGUGUGCCGCCAUUGCCAGCAUGGAGGAGCCUCCAUCAGUGAGCUCCUGUGAUGUGCUGGUGGUCCCAGUGGGGCAGUCUUCAAUGUCCAGGGCCGUCAGUGUCGUCCAGAAGCUGUGGAGCAACGGUGUCUCAGCAGACAUUGCCUACGAUGUCUCACAGUCUCAAGAGACGUUGUUUGACCACUGCAGGCUGGCCGGCAUCACCUGCAUGGCCCAGGUAUCUGACAAGGAGGGCAACUAUGUGAAGGUUAAAUCCUUUGAGAAGGAUAGACAGUCCGAGAAACGGAUUUCAGAGACGGACUUGGUGGACCACAUCAUUCAGAAAUGUCGGACCAAAUUCUUUGAGGAAAGAAACAUCAGGGAAAUAUCUGAAACCAUGUCUCUUCCAAACCCUAAAGGAUCCCUGCUCAACACCACAGGAUCAUCAGAGCAGCACGGGAGCAGCGGCUCUGGGAACAUGAAUGUAAAUGUCAUCAGCAUGGAAAAAGUUUCUGCCAGUGUGAGACGACGCUAUGAGACCCAGAUCCAAACCAGAUUACAGAAUCUCAGCAGCAAUUUGCCAAACAAGAGCAGUGACAUUGAGGUUCUGGCGGUGGAACUGCAAAAGGAAACCCUGAUCAACUUCCUGACUCUGGAGUUUGAUUGCGAGGAGCAGUUCAACAGCAGCGUGAAGACUUUGCUGUCUCGUCUCCCCAAGCAGCGCUACCUGAAGUCCAUCUGUGAUGAGAUACACCAUUACAAAUUUUCAAAAAGGGUGGCUGUGGUGGUUUUGUACAGCUACAAGGACGACUACUACAAGAUCCUUCUAUGAAAACCAAGGUGUUCCACUGACUUGGGUAGUAUCCCACUUUGUUUCAGGCUCAGUGAACUCUCAGAGACUGUUUUCACCCUCAGACUGAAGAAUCUGCUUGAAGAUGGACAGAUUCAUACCAUUCUACAUUUGGAAACUGUGAACCCAAAAUACACCAGUGAUUUUCUUUACCAUGUUCAAUGGUAACUCAGAUCUUUUAAUCAAACUCCAUCAUUUCCAGUGUUUUGUGAAUCUUAAUUGACAAUAGUACGUUUGCUGGACUUCAUUGCCUUAAUAGAUAAUGUAGAAUUAAAGAGAGAAAGGGCUUUUUACUGAAGAUUAUAUGACAUAAAUUCAAUAAUGUUACAUUUGUAAUUAUCAAUGGAACGUAGGAAUAAAUCACUUUUUU